AUGGGACCAGUUUCAACGUCUCCCACAAAGACACGGCCCAGUCAAAAGCGGUUUGAGAGGGAAAAAGGAAGAACGGAAAAGAGGAAGCGUAGUGAAGCGGCGGCUGCACUACUCAGUCUGCAGAAGCAGGAUACGCCGGUGACUGAUGAGGUGACUACUUCAGACACUGGUGAGGCAAAUGAGAGUGAGACGGAUGUCGCUACUGCAUCAUCGGAACAGUCAACAGAUCCUCAACCAGACGACACGUUACUCAUGAAGCAAAUGAGGGAGGAGCUUCAGCGGCUGACAACGGAAACCAUGUUACUGAAGGAGAAACUGAAAGGAAUGGUUUUGACUCCGGACACGCUGAGGGGUAAUGACGCUAAAGUAAAGCAUUACACGGGUGUUACCUACGACAUUCUCAUGACCCUGUAUAGAUUUGUUGAGGCGAGUAUACCUCAUUCAGCAUCAAGUAGACUGACAAAAUUUGAAAAGCUGAUGAUGGUAUUGAUGAAGUUGCGACUAAACCUCAGCCAGUAG